GAACAAAAUAGUUUUCAAUUUUUAAAAUCAAAUGUUUUAUUUGAGUGUACGUUGGACGAUAGUAUCAUUGAAUUAAAUGAAUAGAUUUGAUUGAUCCUAAGUGUCACACACCUACCUGAUAAAUUCUCAUUCAUUUUAUUAAAUUACAUACUUUAAAUAUUUACAUUGCACAUUAGAUAACGAUUAUAAAUAACUAACUCUACCACGGUCAUGAUUGUUGGAAUACAAAAUUGUUGAAACUGAGGAAGUGAUUGAUUAGCAGCAAAAGUUUUUUGCCUUUCUUUUUAGAAAAAUUCAAAAGAUUCAAAUGUCAAAGUCUCAAGACAGCAGCGCCGAUAAGAAGCCGCCCUACUCAUACGUCGCCCUGAUCGCGAUGGCCAUCAAGGACUCCAGGGAGAAGAGGUUGACGUUGAGUGCAAUAUACCAGUACAUCAUGAAAAAGUUCCCCUAUUUUGAACAAAACAAAAAAGGCUGGCAAAACAGCAUAAGACACAAUUUGAGCCUGAACGAGUGUUUUGUUAAAGUUCCAAGAGAAGGCGGCGGCGAACGAAAAGGUAAUUACUGGGCCUUGGAUGAGUCCAUUAAAUUUGAAGAUAUGUUUGAAAAGGGUAAUUUCAGAAGACGAAGACGAAUGAAGCGACCGUACAAGCCACCCGUCCCACUGCAUGGCAACUUUUAUCUACCACGCUAUCACAAUAACGAUUUCAACAGCAUCUUUUGUAGAAAUAAAAACUCAUACUGUAUGCCUCAGACGAACGCAAGUCUAUUUUCUUCUAACGCUAACGCGGGAAACCAACUACGCAACGCCACCUACAAUUUCGCAAAGAUCAACAAACCAUGCAUUAAUGAGCACGAAAAUUUAAAACACAACCUCAACACUAACGACGCUAGGAUAGCAUCUAACUCAUUCAUUAUGGGCUGGAAUAACAGAAUAUCGGACUAUUCGCAACACUGCGUUCAAACCAGUCAACAGUAUAUCAACAAACAUUUCCCAAUCCCCUGCACACCGAAUCCAUCCUUCGAGGUGCAUGACAUUUGUAACGAAACCCCCUUUUCCACUAAAGACAUGUCUGUUAUUACGAAUGAUUUUUAUAAGUGUAUUCCAACUUCAAAUAAUUUUCCGACACCAUGGAGUAAAAAAUUAUAUAACUGCAUUGCCGAAAACGGAGUUUAUUGAUAAAUUAAAAUGUAAAAGGGGUGCAUUGUCGUUGAGACUCUCUUCUAAACAGUUCUCAGAAGAUUAUUAUUUAUAUUUUUAUAUAUAAAUGGCAAAAAUGUGAAAGACUGGCAUAAUUUACAAAAUAUUUAUUUACCAAUCGUUGUUAAAAUGUGAACUAAUUUGAUCAUUAUAUUAAAAUACCUUAGAAAGGACGCAACGUUUGAUGGUAAACAUUAUUUCAUUUGUAUUAGGAAAUAGUUACUUAUAAAUUAGUUAAUGGAACAACUGUAAUUUUGCUCGUACCAAUCAAACUAUCAUUUAAUGAAAUAAAUCAUAGGUACGUGAAGGCACAAUGGUUAAAAGCGCCUGGUCUUUCUAUUGCAAUGACUGGGUUCGAAUACAAAGAGAUUCCCGCUCAUUAUAUGCAAUGUGUAUGCUGCGUGGUUUACACUCGUAUUCAUAUACGCUGUGUAUGUUUGUCGUUGAAACCUCUGAAGCAAAUGCAAAAGAGAAAAAGUAACCUUUAAUCUUUAAAACUAAUUUGAAACAUGUCAUACGAUUCGAACUAAACAGUUUAUCCCCUUUUUCAAAAAUAUCAAUUGACUUAUAUAUAUAUAUAUAUAUAUUUUUCCAAUAUUUUAUAAAUUCUACCGAAUGUUUGGCGUUAA